AACUUCACUCCUCUAGAGAAAUCUAAAAGUUCUUACAAAAGUUUUUAACUUUCAGAAAGAAAUCAAAAGAGAAAUGUGGAAUAUAUAGAAGUUCUGAUAUUGAAAAGAUAAUCGGUGAAAUGGCGGUUUUGUCAUCGCCCAUGUUCGGAACUUACCGACCGGUGAAGACGGAGAUGAGACCAAUUACACGGUGGAGAGUUAGGUGUCAGGUAUCAUCCAUAAAACCUGCCACGUAUUCGUCAAGACUCUCCACAGAUAUUCCUCUCCACGAGUCUCCUCAGGCGUUGUUCGAUGAUUAUUUAGAGGAUAAAUCGAGAGUUUUCGAAGCCAUAUUCCCUGACAAACCCAGAAGCCAUAAGCUUAACGAGGAAGAGUGGAGGAUUCAGAUGUUACCAAUUAACUUCCUCUUCCUCACUGUGUGGCCUGUGGUCGAUAUGCGUUUAAGUUGCAAAUCCAACGGUCAGGAUUACCCGGCAGACGUACCUUUAGACAUAACCAAAGUUGUUGAGCUCAACAUGACGAGAUGGCAACUUAAAGGGCUUGACCGAGUGAUGGAACCGUCUGACUUUAGUUUGGGAGUCAAAGGAGCAUUGUACCCAGACCGGAGAGGAAAGCACACAAGGCUCAGAGGUCAGCUAGAGAUGAACAUAAGCUUUGUUCUUCCUCCUGUUCUUGAAUUGGUACCUGAAGACGUUAGGAGGAACUUGGCCAAUGCGGUUUUGACAGGUUUAGUGAAGAAUAUGAAGCAUAAGGUUAAUGGGAGUUUGCUCGCUGAUUAUAGCAGGUUCAAGAAUGAGAGAAGAUUACACAAGUUAUCUACUAAAGCCGAGUUUUAAUGUCAAUGCUCAAUCAUGUAUAGUUGUUUCUCAAUCCAAUAUGAAACAAUCGUUUAUGAACAGUCAUCGUAACAUACUAUAUAAGAUUUUAAUUGUUUUAAUUUA